GGCCGCUUCCGGCCGCAGCGCCUAGUUCCAACUCUGUAGCACGGGGUGGCAAAAGGGUUCGGCCGAGGACCGCAGACGGGAUGUUGCGGACAACACUGAGCCGUGUGCCUGCACUACUGCGUAGUGUGCGGACCCGGAAUCUCGGGCCGGGGCGACUUUGGGAUGCCGGGACUCGCCUGACGACCGCGGAGAGCCGGCGGGGCUGGCCCUGGGGCUGGCGGAGUUCGAGCUCCGCGCCAGAACCCAAGCCUAAGGCCACGCUGGGGCGCGUGGAGUCGAGCCAUUACCAGCUCGACUACACCUGCAAGGUCUGUGGGACUCGGUCAUCCCAUCACAUAUCAAAGUUGGCCUAUCACAAAACUGUGGUCCUCGUUAAGUGCCCUGGUUGCCAGAACAACCACGUCAUCGCCGACAACCUAGGCUGGUUCUCUGACUUGCAGGGGAAGAGGAACAUUGAAGAAAUCCUAACUGCCCGAGGAGAGGAGGUACGCCGCAAGCCUGAAGGAUGCCCUGAUACUGAUCCAGAGGCUGCUGAACCGCCUGUCACCCUCCCUGGCAAGAUUGAGCAGAGCUGACUGUGGGGACCAGCUUUAAUAAGCUAAAUAUGGACAGGUCACCCAAAGGAAGUUCUUUGCCAGAGUAGAACUUGGCCAUUGAUAAAAUUAAUAAGAGGCUGGAGUCUCAGUAGUUUACCCUGAGGCAAUGCCUGGCUGCAGGAGGAUCCACAAGCUGAGAUUACCCUAGGGCAAUGCUAGCUAUUAGACUCCCUCCUCUUCCCAGUUCACCUUGGGACCUGUUCCUUGCCUUAACAAGCAUUAACAGCGAGAAGUAAACUUGUUCUGUGCUUACCCUGUAA